GCUUCAAGUGAAAGUCAAAAUAUUUAUAGGCUAGGGAUGAAAGUGAAGUGUUUUUCAAAUACAGGGACUAAAAUGACAAUGCAAGAUCUCGCCAUUCACCAUAGCAACAUAGCUGCUGCAUCAACAUGGCGUUAGGGUUGGUUUGCUCGGCCUCACUCACAGAGUCACAGUGACGCGGUGGUGAUAAUGCUAGACAUGGAUAACUACGACGUACAAGAGGAGCUUCUCAACAUCGAGGUUGAGAUUCAAGACGUUCAAGAUCAAAUAAAUGCCUUAAUUGAAAGGCAAGAGAGGCUGUAUGAGAGAAAAUCCGAGUUGAGUGAUAUAUUGGAAGCGUGUAGAGAAUCUGGAAACCAGGUUAAUAAUGUGGCUCAAACCACUGUUGAAAAUUGGAAUGGCCCAUUUCAAUGGGAUUCUGAAGCUGAUGAUCUUAGGUUGAAUAUUUUUGGCAUUUCAUCUUACCGUGCAAAUCAAAGAGAGAUAGUAAAUGCCGUAUUGAGUGGAAGAGAUGUUCUGGUGAUUAUGGCUGCAGGUGGUGGCAAGAGCCUCUGUUAUCAGCUUCCUGCUGUUCUUCGUGAUGGGAUUGCUCUAGUUGUCAGCCCUUUGAUUUCAUUAAUUCAAGAUCAGGUGAUGGGUUUGACUGCUUUGGGCAUCCCAGCACAUAAGUUAACUUCAACAACAAGUAAGGAAGAUGAGAAGUUUAUAUACAAGGCUUUGGAGAAGGGUGAAGGGGAGCUCAAAAUAUUGUAUGUUACUCCUGAAAAGAUAUCAAAAAGCAAGAGGUUUAUGUCAAAAAUUGAAAAGUGUCAUCAUGCUGGUCGCCUCUCACUAAUUUCAAUUGAUGAGGCACAUUGCUGUAGUCAGUGGGGUCAUGACUUUCGACCUGAUUACAAGAACCUUGGUAUUCUUAAGGUUCAGUUCCCUAAUGUUCCUAUGGUUGCUUUGACUGCAACUGCUACUCAGAGGGUCCAAAAUGAUCUGGUAGAGAUGUUGCAUAUCCCUAGAUGUGUCAAAUUUGUCAGCACAGUCAAUAGGCCAAACUUGUUUUAUAUGGUGAAGGAAAAGUCAUCAGUUGGUAAGGUAGUUAUUGAUGAAAUUGCUGAGUUCAUUCAAGAAUCUUAUCCAAAUAAAGAAUCAGGGAUCGUAUAUUGCUUCUCUAGGAAGGAAUGUGAACAGGUUGCAAAAGAGUUGAGGGAGAGGGGAAUUUCAGCUGAUCAUUAUCAUGCAGAUAUGGAUGUAAAUGCUCGGGAAAAAGUACAUAUGCGGUGGAGCAAUAACAAGCUGCAGGUCAUAGUCGGUACGGUAGCUUUUGGUAUGGGAAUCAACAAACCGGAUGUCAGGUUUGUCAUCCAUCAUAGCUUGAGCAAAUCAAUGGAAACAUACUACCAGGAAAGUGGUCGAGCUGGCCGAGAUGGACUUCCUUCUGAAUGCGUAUUAUACUUUCGACCUGGUGAUGCUCCCCGGCAGAGUUCAAUGGUCUUCUACGAAAAUUCAGGAUUGCAGAAUCUCUAUGACAUUGUACGAUAUUGUCAGUCCAAAAGACAAUGCCGCCGAAGUGCCUUUUUCCGGCAUUUUGCUGAGCCACUACAAGAGUGCAAUGGGAUGUGCGACAUUUGUGCAUUCCCAAAUGAGGUGACACAGGUGGAUGUCUCUGGUCAUGCGAAACUGAUGGUUUCUUUGUUACAAGAUAUGCAAGGAAAUGAUCAAAGGGCAACAAUGUUGCAAUUGUUCGAUAAAAUGAAAAUUAAACAGAAGGAGCUAGGUACUGAGUUAAAACGGGAGGAAAUUGAACAUCUCAUCUUACAGCUUUUACUGGAGCGUGUUUUGAAAGAAGAAUUUCAGCAUACGCCUUAUGCUACAAAUGCUUACGUUGCUGUAGGGCCGUUGGCGAAGCAAAUAUUGCAAGGGAAGAAGACCGUGAAGCUUGAGAUUUAUGCUGAAGAGAGAACUAAAGCUGGUGUAAGAUCAUUGAAACGCUGUCAUGGGUCCUCAUCCUCUGGUUUGGAACUAAAGCUUGAUGAGCUUAGAAAAGAACUGGCUUCUGUUCAUGGGGGAAUACUCCCACACUCUGUCUUGUCCACUCAACAAAUCAGCUUAUUAUGUUCUCAAAAACCAAACUUGCUGGAACAGUUGGAAAAAGUGAUUGGGAAAUUGAAGACCGAAAAGUAUGGAAAGAGAAUACUUGAGCAAAUUGAAAAAUAUUCAGAUUUCAAGCCGACUGAUGAACAAGUAACUGAUGGUAGAGCCGCAAAGAGGUCAAAGACCAAGAAGAACCUUGUUGUUAUUGACAGUAGUGAAGAUGAAGAAGCAUGAUGUUGAUUUUUUACCACAAAAAAAAGCAUGAUAAAUGUUGGUGUCUUUAGUGUAGUUUAUGCUUUCAUCAAUAUAAUGUCAGAAGAAUUGAGAAAAAUGGAAGUAUAUACGUUCUUAGUUGUACAUAGUUUCUUACAAACUAA